AUGCUCUCCGAUCGCCUUCCGGUCCUUUUCGUCGCCGUCCUGUGGACUGCGGCCUUUGUUUUGCAUGCGCUUUUGCUUGCCUUGAUCUCGGAUGUGAGCGCCAUCAAGUGCUACUCCUGCGUCAAGAAGCUAAUCCCGGGAGCCGGUCUACAAGAAACUCUCGCUCUUGCCGACCUAGGGAUCUUCGACUUGACCUCGCUGGCUGAUGACGGCGACGACAAUUGCAAAUCGACUAACGACGACACACCGACGUGCGAAUCCAACAAAUACUGCACGUAUGGAAUCGGGCCCGAUGAUGGCGCAAUGGCCGUUCGCCGCUCGUGCGUACCAGAGGACGCUGAGUCCCACAUUGAGAACACCCUCAACCAGGGGACUGGGUGCGGCAGUGCUGCCGGCCCUGUCACCAUCAUGGCCUGCGCGUGCGACAGUGACUUGUGCAACGGGAAAGCUGUGCCC